AUGCCACCGUUCGUCCCCCGCAAGCGCGUCUCCUCCGAGGAUCCCCCCAGUGCCAAACGCCACCAUGCGAUCCCUGCCGUCAAAGCCCCGGUUGUGGAGGAUUCCGAAGACGACUUGCCAUUGAGCGAUGCGCCUGACUCUGAUAAUGAGGAAACACCUGGGAAUAAUGAUGCGACCGAGAAGCGCAAGGGAAAAAGCCAGGGAUCAGAGGACGAGGACGAAGAGAGCGACGACGAUGACUAUGAUGCUAUGGACUGGGAAGACGCCAUAGAUACUACGAACCAGCCUGCACCCACCACCGCUAUUCUACCGUCUGCCGUCGAAUCGCAGGAUCUCGAAUUGACCCUCGACAAGAACGAAGUGCAUGUGGCUGACCUCCUCGAUGGCAAAAGGGGCCCGUCCAAGAUCGAGCGCCAGAUCCGUAUCCGGACUCAUUGUCUACAUGUGCAACUGCUACUCGCCCACAAUGCAGUCCGAAAUGCCUGGGCUAAUGACUCCGAGGUCCAAGAAAUCCUCCGGCGCAGGUUACCCCAGGGAAUUCACAAGGAGAUCAAGAAGUGGCGAGUCGCAUCAGCGCUCGAUCCCCCAGAAUCACAGCCCCAGGAGAAACCCACCAAAAAGAAGAAAGGAAAAGGGAAACAAACCCGGAAUCCAGAACGGGACUGGGGGGAAGGCUCGUCGCGACUUGAACCUGGACAGCCAGAUAUGAGUCUGGGCGAUCCUAUGAUAUCCCUGCUCAAGAUCCUCGCUGCAUACUGGAGGAAACAGUUCAAGAUUACUAAUCCGGGUUUGCGCAAGCAUGGAUACCAGCAUAUGUCUCAGGUGGAUGUUGAAAUACGCUCCUUCAACAAUGAUGAUCAUGACCCCGAACGACAUGGAGAACGGUUUUCCAGUGUGGAUGAGUUCCGGUCGGCAGCAGAGCGCAUGGAGGGCUCUAGGGAUACAGGCGCACAACUCUUCACGGCGCUUCUUCGCGCAUUGAACAUUGAGGCUAGGUUAGUAGCUAGUCUACAACCGUUAGGAUUUGGAUGGACCAAGGCAGAGACCCACACCUCAAAGUCCAAAACGGAGUUGGAACCUGGCACUGCAGAAGCAACGGAGACAGGAGCCGAGUUGGACGAGGAUGAAGGGAGUGACAGUGACUCUCCAGACAAGAAUGUCCCGCCUCGCCGCAACAAUAGCCUCCGUUAUGACCGUGAUCUGCCAUUUCCCAUCUACUGGACGGAGGUGGCCUCUCCGGUCACCCACCAGAUCAUCCCUGUCGACCCUCUAGUCCUCAAGAACCCCGUGGCGACAACACCAGAGCUACAAGCAGCUUUCGAGCCCCGCGGGGCAAAAGCAGAAAAAGCCAAGCAAGUUAUAUGCUAUGUGAUAGCAUACUCGCCAGAUAAAUCAGCCAAGGACGUUACAACACGGUACUUGCGUCGCCGCACAUGGCCAGGAAAAACAAAAGGCUAUCGAAUGCCAGCCGAAAAGAUCCCCGUUCCCGGCAAAAAAGGCAAAUUCUUCGAAUACGACUGGUUCCGGGUGAUAUUCCGAAUCUACCAACGGCCUCAUAGCCAGAGAACACCAGUGGACGACAUCGAAGAUACUCAAGACCUCACACCCAACCAACCAGAAAAGAAACCCGCCAAAGAAGGCGACACGCUCCAAAGCCUCCGCGCCUCCACAGAAUUCGUCCUAGAACGUUUCCUCCGCCGCGAAGAAGCCCUCCGCCCCGGCUCCAAACCCGUCCGCACUUUCACGACGGGGAAAGGCGCAAAAGCCAAGAACGAAGACGUCUACCGCCGUACAGACGUAGUGAAAUGUCUCUCCGCGGAGAGCUGGCACAAAGAAGGCCGGCAGGUCAAAGUCGGCGAAGCACCAUUGAAACGCGUGCCCAUCCGCGCCGUAACUCUCCUCCGCAAACGCGAAGUCGAUGAGCUAGAGCGUGAAACGGGUGAAAAGCCAAAACAAGGACUUUAUGCUAAAUACCAAACAGAGUAUAUCAUCCCGCCGCCCAUCGAGAACGGGAUCAUCCCCAAAAACGACUAUGGAAACAUCGACUGCUUCGUUCCUUCCAUGGUACCCCGCGGUGCCGUGCAUAUCCCCUGGUCCGGAACAGUGCGCAUCUGCAAGAAAUUAGGCGUCGACUAUGCAGAGGCAGUAACGGGGUUUGAAUUUGGAUCUAAAAUGGCGGUCCCUGUUAUCGAGGGCGUCGUCGUUGCAGAGGAGAACGAGGGCCUUGUCACGGAUGCGUGGAUGACUGAGGAAGCAGAAAAGCGGAAGAGGGAGCAGCUCAAGGCCGAGAAACGCAUUUUGCAGACAUGGAGGAAGUUCUUGUUUGGGUUGAGGAUUGCGGAACGCGUUAGGGAGGAGUACGGGGGUGCUAUGGAGAGAGAUCAUGAGGCUGAUGAGAUCAAUCCGUUUGCGAAGCAGAGUAGACCUGGGAAUCGUGGGCGCCAGAAAGAGAUGCUACAUGAGGAGGAAGGGGAAGAAGAGGAAGAAGAAGACCCGGCGGAUCGAGGAGGUGGAUUCCUUCUUCCGGGCGAGGAUGAUGGUGAUGAUGGGGGAUUGGUGGUUGAGCGCCAGGAACAAGAAAGCCGUCCACGGUCUGGAUCUCAUGCAAUUGAGAUUAGGGACAGUGAUGACGAAGGAGAGGAUGAUGGCGAUGAUGGUACUGGAAAUGCAAAGGCCAACUCCAGUUUCGUCGAGGAGCUUUCACCUCCACCUGACGAGGUUCCCGAUUUCGAAAAGGAAUAUCAGCAGCGGACGCGCAGACAAGCGAGAAGCAGGAAAGGCUAA